GUGCCGCUGCCGUGCCGCUCCCGCUAACGUGGGGCUUCCGUCAUGCAGAAGAUGUUGAUGUACUUCUGGGGCUUCCUGUACAACAACUACUUUCGGUUCUGGCUGAAGUGGCUCCUGAGGCUACUGACUCAGAAAUGCGAACUGCAGCGGGUCUUAGAGGGCUCGAAGGCGGGUGCGCGGCGGACGCUGAGUAUAGAACAUUCACUGGAAUCAUCGAAGAAUAAGAUUUUGAGAAAUGCUGUGCAUGUUGAGGAAAACGAAGUGGAGAAGUGUGUCAGAGAUUUAAUAAAAGAAAAGAAAAUCAAACAGAAGGAUACAGGGUUUAAGACAGAUCUGCGUAUAUCCUUACUGCAGAUAUCAGGUUAUAAGAAACUUUAUUUGAAUGUGGAAGAUCUGAGGAAGAUCCCGUAUGAUUCGGAUAAUGAAGAGCAUGAAGACCAGUUAAUUGAGCUUUGGAAUUUGCUGAUGCCUCAUGAGAAUCUGAAGGCCAGAAUCACCAAGCAGUGGUGUGACAUUGGCUUCCAAGGUGAUGACCCCAAAACAGACUUCAGAGGAAUGGGACUUCUGGGGUUAAUGAAUCUGGUGUAUUUCAGUAAGCAUUACACGGAUGAAGCCCGUCAGAUCCUUUCUCAUUCACAUCACCCAAAGCUGGGAUAUUCUUAUGCAAUAGUUGGAAUCAACCUGACAGAAAUGGCAUACAGCUUACUUAAGAAUGGUGCUUUAAAGUCUCAUCUGUACAACAUGGUCUUUGGAUUGCCGCAGAUGGAGCACUUCCAUCAGUUUUACUGUUACCUGGUUUACGAGUUUGACAAGUUCUGGUUUGAAGAAGAACCAGAAAGCAUUAUGCACUUCAACCACUACAGAGAGAAAUUCCAUGAAAAAAUUAAGGGACUUCUCCUGGAUUGUAACGUGAUACUGACCUUAGGAGAUACAAAGAAACCUUAACUCCUCUGCAGUCUAUGCGGUUCUGCAUCAAGAAUGGAGUUAUGCAUUUGCAUAGGAGUCUUGCAUGUUCCACCAAAAACUGUUUAAUAAUAGAACCUUUUUUCUGUCUUUUUUGUUUUCUUACAUCUAAGAAAAUAAUCAAAAGUGAGUUCAGAAAGCUUGGACAAUCAGCCUCUGUUUACAGGUCUUUAUAUGCUAUUCUCCAAAGGAAAGCUUUUUUAAAAAAACAAAAUGCAGAACAAAAACCAACCAACAAGCCAAGACAAAAAAUAAUCCUCUAAUCUCAAGAGCCUCUGGAACAUUUGCUUUCACAAUUUCUAUUAUACUUGGUGCAGGGACAUGAAGCAGGUAUUUAUGCUGCAUCAUGUUUUCCAUUAACAAAUUUGACUGUUAAAUUGUCUUUUAAAAACUUCUUUUAGUUGAAAUUACUCUGGUUUUAGACUUCGUUUUCUAGUUCCUAAAUGUAGUUGACGGUUCACUCAUCAAUGUUAAAUUUCUCUGUAAAGAUGUCCAUGAAGGGGAUGUUUUAGUCACUUAUGAUUUGGAGAACAGCCUUAAUCCAUCAACAUACUGACAUACCUAGGAGAAAUUGCUUCUGGCUAAGGAAGUUUUCUUAUCUGUGUCUUUGUACCAGCAAAUUCCUGUGCUUGGAAAAAGCUUAGUUUGCAAACAAACAAAAAGAACCACAAAUCAUCAGUGUGAGGAUCAGAUCCUCUGACUAAAGCUACUCCUUCUAAAAAUAUUCCUGCUGUAAAACAUUUCAGUUCUUUCUAACCUGACUUCAGCUGCUCAGGCUGCUUGACUCCCCAUCUCUUGUCAGCUCUUCCUUUAGCAGCUAAUGGGGUCUUCUCAGUGGGAAGUACAAGAGUUAGUUUAGCCCUUUUACAUAAUUCACUCAUUAAAAACCUGUGUUGCAGCUGCAGUCCGUAUUUUGUGAGAAUAAACUCACAUGAAGUACAAGUCUCU